CUUUCCAUCACCUCGCUCCAUUCUCCCGCUUUCCAUCACCGCGCCCAAUUCUCCCGCUUUCCAUCACCCCUCUCCAUUCUCCCUCUUUCCAUCUCCCCGCCCCAUUCUCCUUCUUUCCAUCAACCCGUCCCAUUCUCCCUCUUUCCGUCACCCCACCCCAUUCUCCUUGUUUCCAUCACCUCGCCCCAUUCUCCCUCUUUCCAUCACCCCGCCCCAUUCUUCCUCUUUUAUCACCCCGCCCAUUCUCCUGAUUUCCAUCACCCCAGCCCAUUCUCCCGCUUUCCAUCAACCCGACCCAUUCUCCCGCUUUCCAUCACCCCACCCCGUUCUCCCGCUUUCCAUCACACCGCCCCAUUCUCCCUCUUUCCAUCACCCCGCCCCAUUCUCCUGCUUUCCAUCACCGCGCCCCAUUCUCCCGCUUUCCAUCACCCCGCCCCGUUCUCCCCGCUUUCCAUCACCCCGCCUCAUUCUCCCUCUUUCCAUCAACCCGCCCCAUUCUCCCUAUUUCCAUCACCCCGCUCCAUUCUCCCGCUUUCCAUCAACCCGCCCGCUCCAUUCUCCCGCUUUCCAUCACCCCGCCCAAUUCUCCCUCUUUCCAUCACCCCUCUCCAUUCUCCCUCUUUCCAUCACCUCGCCCCAUUCUCCCGCUUUCCAUUACCCCGCCCCAUUCUCCCUCUUUCCAUCACCCGCCCCAUUCUCCCGUCUUUCAUCACCCCGCCCCAUUCUCCCUCUUUCCAUCACCCCGCCCAAUUCUCCCACUUUCCAUCACCCCGCCCCAUUCUCCCACCUUUCAUCACCCCGCCCCAUUCUCCCUCUUUCCAUCAACCUGCCCCAUUCUCCCUCUUUCCAUCACCCCGCCUUAUUCUCCCUCUUUCCAUCACCCCGCCCCAUUCUCCCGAUUUCCAUCACCUCGCCCCAUUCUCCCGCUUUCCAUCACCCCCGCCCCGUUCUCCCCGCUUUCUGUCACCCCGCCUCAUUCUCCCUCUUUCCAUCAACCCGCCCCAUUCUCCCUCUUUCCAUCACCCCGCUCCAUUCUCCCGCUUUCCAUCACCCCGUCCGCUCCAUUCUCCCGCUUUCCAUCACCCCGCCCAAUUCUCCCUCUUUCCAUCACCCCUCCCCAUUCUCCCUCUUUCCAUCACCCCGCCCCAUUCUCCCGCUUUCCAUCACCCCGCCCCAUUCUCCCGCUUUCCAUCACCCGCCCUAUUCUCCCAUCUUUCAUCACCCCGCCUUAUUCUCCGUCUUUCCAUCACCCCGCCCAAUUCUCUCGCUUUCCAUCACCCCGCCCAAUUCUCCCGCUUUCCAUCACCCCGCCCCAUUCUCCCUCUUUCCAUCAACCCGCCCCAUUCCCCCUCUUUCCAUCACCCCGCCUUAUUCUCCCUCUUUCCAUCAUCCCGCUCCAUUCUCCCGAUUUCCAGCACCCCGCCCCAUUCUCCCGCUUUCCAUCACCCCGCCCCGUUCUCCCUCUAUCCAUCACCCCGCCCAAAUCUCCCACUUUCCAUCACCCCGUCCCAUUCUCCUGUUUUCCAUCACCCCGCCCCAUUCUCUCGCUUUCUAUCACCCCGCCUUAUUCUCCCGCUUUCCAUCACCCCGCACCAUUCUCUCGCUUUCCAUCACCCCGCCCCAUUCUCACUAUCUCCAUCACCCCUCCCCAUUCUCCCUCUUUCCAUCACCCCGCCCCAUUCUCAUGCUUUCUAUCACCCUGCCCCAUUCUCCCUCUUUCCAUCACCCCGCCCCAUUCUCCCGCCUUCCAUCACCCCGCCCCAUUCUCCUUCCUUCCAUCACCCUGGCCAAUUCUCCCGCUUUCCAUCACCGCGCCCCAUUCUCCCGCCUUCCAUCACCCCGCCCCAUUCUCCCCUCUUUCCAUCACCCCGCCCCCAUUCUCCCGCUUUCCAUCACCCCGCCCCAUUCUCCAGCCCCAUUCUCCCUCUUUCCAUCACCCUGCCCCAUUCUCUCGCUUUCCAUCACCCCGCCCCAUUUUCCCUCUUUCCAUCACCCCGCCCCAUUCUCCCGCUUUCCAUCACCCCGCCCCAUUCUCCCGCUUUCCAUCACCCCGCUCCAUUCUCCCGCUUUCCAUCACCCCGCCCAAUUCUCCCUCUUUCCAUCACCCCGCCCCAUUCUCCCGCUUUCCAUCACCCCGCCCCAUUCUCCCUCUAUCCAUCACCCCGCCCAAUUCUCCCACUUUCCAUCACCCCGUCCCAUUCUCCUGUUUUCCAUCACCCCGCCCCAUUCUCUCGCUUUCUAUCACCCCGCCUUAUUCUCCCGCUUUCCAUCACCCCGCACCAUUCUCCCGCUUUCCAUCACCCCGCCCCAUUCUCACUAUCUCCAUCACCCCUCCCCAUUCUCCCUCUUUCCAUCACCCCGCCCCAUUCUCAUGCUUUCUAUCACCCCGCCCCAUUCUCCCUCUUUCCAUCAACCCGCCCCAUUCCCUCUCUUUCCAUCACCCCGCCUUAUUCUCCCUCUUUCCAUCAUCCCGCUCCAUUCUCCCGAUUUCCAGCACCCCGCCCCAUUCUCCCGCUUUCCAUCACCCCGCCCCGUUCUCCCUCUAUCCAUCAUCCCGCCCAAAUCUCCCACUUUCCAUCACCCCGUCCCAUUCUCCUGUUUUCCAUCACCCCGCCCCAUUCUCUCGCUUUCUAUCACCCCGCCUUAUUCUCCCGCUUUCCAUCACCCCGCACCAUUCUCUCGCUUUCCAUCACCCCGCCCCAUUCUCACUAUCUCCAUCUCCCCUCCCCAUUCUCCCUCUUUCCAUCACCCCGCCCCAUUCUCAUGCUUUCUAUCGACCCGCCCCAUUCUCCCUCUUUCCAUCACCCCGCCCCAUUCUCCCGCCUUCCAUCACCCCGCCCCAUUCUCCUUCCUUCCAUCACCCUGGCCAAUUCUCCCGCUUUCCAUCACUGCGCCCCAUUCUCCCGCCUUCCAUCACCCCGCCCCAUUCUCCCUCUUUCCAUCACCCCGCACCAUUCUCCCGCUUUCCAUCACCCCGCCCCAUUCUCCAGCCCCAUUCUCCCUCUUUCCAUCACCCCGCCCCAUUCUCUCGCUUUCCAUCACCCCGCCCCAUUUUCCCUCUUUCCAUCACCCCGCCCCAUUCUCCCGCUUUCCAUCAACCCGCCCCAUUCUCCCGCUUUCCAUCACCCCGCUCCAUUCUCCCGCUUUCCAUCACCCCACCCAAUUCUCCCUCUUUCCAUCACCCCACCCCAUUCUCCCGAUUUCCAUCACCCCGCCCCAUUCUCCCGCUUUCCAUCACCCCGCCCCAUUCUCCCUCUAUCCAUCACCCCGCCCAAUUCUCCCACUUUCCAUCACCCCGUCCCAUUCUCCUGUUUUCCAUCACCCCGCCCCAUUCUCUCGCUUUCUAUCACCCCGCCUUAUUCUCCCGCUUUCCAUCAGCCCGCACCAUUCUCCCGCUUUCCAUCACCCCGCCCCAUUCUCACUAUCUCCAUCACCCUCCCCCAUUCUCCCUCUUUCCAUCACCCCGCCCCAUUCUCAUGCUUUCUAUCACCCCGCCCCAUUCUCACUCUUUCCAUCACCCCGCCCCAUUCUCCCACCUUCCAUCACCCCACCCCAUUCUCCUUCCUUCCAUCACCCUGGCCAAUUCUCCCGCUUUCCAUCACCGCGCCCCAUUCUCCCGCCUUCCAUCACCCCGCCCCAUUCUCCCUCUUUCCAUCACCCCGCCCCAUUCUCCCGCUUUCCAUCACCCCGCCCCAUUCUCCAGCCCCAUUCUCCCUCAUUCCAUCACCCCGCCCCAUUCUCUCGCUUUCCAUCACCCCGCCCCAUUUUCCCUCUUUCCAUCACCCCGCCCCAUUCUCCCGCUUUCCAUCACCCCGCCCCAUUCUCCCGCUUUCCAUCACCCCGCUCCAUUCUCCCGCUUUCCAUCACCCCGCCCAAUUCUCCCUCUUUCCAUCACCCCACCCCAUUCUCCCGAUUUCCAUCACCCCGCCCCAUUCUCCCGCUUUCCAUCACCCUGCCCCAUUCUCCCUCUAUCCAUCACCCCGCCCAAUUCUCCCACUUUCCAUCACCCCGUCCCAUUCUCCUGUUUUCCAUCACCCCGCCCCAUUCUCUCUAUCUCCAUCACCCCUCCCCAUUCUCCCUCUUUCCAUCACCCCGCCCCAUUCUCAUGCUUUCUAUCACCCCACCCCAUUCUCCCUCUUUCCAUCACCCCGCCCCAUUCUCCCACCUUCCAUCACCCCGCCUAAUUCUCCUUCCUUCCAUCACCCUUGCCAAUUCUCCCGCUUUCCAUCACCGCGCCCCAUUGUCCCGCCUUCCAUCACCCCGCACCAUUCUCCCUCUUUCCAUCACCCCGCCCCAUUCUCCCGCUUUCCAUCACCUCGCCCCAUUCUCCCGCCCCAUUCUCCCUCUUUCCAUCACCCCGCCCCAUUCUCUCGCUUUCCAUCACCCCGCCCCAUUUUCCCUCUUUCCAUCACCCCGCCCCAUUCUCCCGCUUUCCAUCACCCCGCCCCAUUCUCCCGCUUUCCAUCAGCCCGCUCCAUUCUCCCGCUUUCCAUCACCCCGCCCAAUUCUCCCUCUUUCCAUCACCCCACCCCAUUCUCCCUCUUUCCAUCACCCCGCCCCAUUCUCCCGCUUUCCAUCACCCUGCCCCAUUCUCCCUCUUUCCAUCACCCCGCCCUAUCCUCUCUCUUUCCAUCACCCCGCACCAUUUUCCCGCUUUCCAUCACCCCGCACCAUUCUCCCUCUUUCCAUCACCCCACCCCAUUCUACUGCUUUCCAUGACCCCGUCCAAUUCUCCCGCUUUCCAUCACCCCGCCCAAUUUUCCCUCUUUCCAUCAUCCCGCCCCAUUCUCCCUCUUUCAUCACCCCGCCCCAUUCUCCCCCAAUCCAUCACCCCGCCCCAUUUUCUCUCUUUUCAUCACCCCGUCCCAUUCUUCCGCUUUCCAUCACCCCGCCCCAUUCUCCCGCCUUCCAUCACCCCGCCCCAUUCUCCAUCUUUCCAUCACCCUGCCCAAUUCUCCCGCUUUCCAUCACCCCGCCCCAUCCUCCCGCCUUCCAUCACCCCGCCCCAUUCUCCCUCCUUCCGUCACCCCGCCCCAUUCUCCCGCUUUCCAUCACCUCGCCCCAUUCUCCCGCUUUCCAUCAACCCGCCCCAUUCUCCCUCUUUCCAUCACCCCGCCCCAUUCUCCCGCUUUCCAUCACCUCGCCCCAUUCUCCCGCUUUCCAUCACCCCGCCCCAUUCUCCCGCUUUCCAUCACCCCGCCCCAUUCUCCCUCUUUCCAUCACCCCGCCCCAUUCUCCCCCUUUCCAUCACCCCGCCCCAUUCUCCCUCUUUCCAUCACCCUUCCCCAUUCUCCCUCUAUCGAUCACCCCACCCAAUUCUCCCGCUUUCCAUCACCCCGUCCCAUUCUCCCGCUUUCCAUCACCUCGCCCCAUUCUUUUGCGUUCCAUCACCCCACCCCAUCCUCCCCUCUUUCCAUCAUCCCGCCCCAUUCUCCCAAUUUCUAUCACCCCGCCCCAUUCUCCCUCUUUCCAUCACCCCGCCCCAUUCUCCCGCUUUCCAUCACCCCGCCCCAUUCUAGCUCUUUCAAUCACCCCGCCCCAUUCUCUCGCUUUCCAUCACCCCGCCCCGUUCUCCCGCUUUCCAUCACCCCGCCCCAUUUUCCCGCCUUCCAUCACCCCGCCCCAUUCUCCUGCUUUCCAUCACCCCGCCCCAUUCUCCCUCAUUCCAUCACCCCGCCCCAUUCUCUCGUUUUCCAUCACCCCGCCCCAUUCUCCCGCUUCUCAUCACCCUGCCCCAUUCUCCCGCUUUCCAUCACCCCGUCCCAUUCUCCCUCUUUCCAUCACCCCGCUCCAUUCUCCCGCUUUCCAUCACCCCUCCCUAUUCUCCCUCUUUCCAUCACCCCGCCCUAUUCUCCCGCUUUCCAUCACCCCGCCCCAUUCUCCCGCUUUCCAUCACCCCGCCCCAUUCUCCCGCUUUCCAUCACCCCGCCCCAUUCUCCCGCUUUCCAUCACCCCGCCCCAUUCUCCCUCUUUCCAUCACACCGCCCCGUUCUCCCGCUUUCCAUCACCCCGCUCCGUUCUCCCGCUUUCCAUCACCCUGACCCAUUCUCCCCCUUUCCAUCAACCCGCCACAUUCUCCCGCUUUCCAUCACCGCGCCCCAUUCUCCCUCUUUCCAUCACCCCGCCCCGUUCUCCCGCUUACCAUCACCCCGCCCCAUUCUCCCGCUUUCCAUCACCCCGCCCCAUUCUCCCUCUUUCCAUCACACCGCCCCAUUCUCCCUCCGCCCCAUUCUCCCGCUUUCCAUCACCCCGCCUUAUUCUCCAGCUCUCCAUCACCCCGCACCAUUCGCCCGCUUUCCAUCACCCCUCCCCAUUCUCCUGCUUUCCAUCACCCCGCCCCAUUCUCCCUCCUUCCAUGACCCCGCCCCAUUCUCCCUCCAUCCAUCACCCCGCCCUAUUCUCCCAAUUUCCAUCACCCCACCCCAUUCUCCCGCUUUCCAUCACCCCGCCUUAUUCUCCCGCUUUCCAUCACCUCGCCCCAUUCUCCCGCUUUCCAUCACCCCGCCCCAUUCUCCGCUUUCCAUCACACGCCCAUUCUCCCGCUUUCCAUCACCCCGCACCAUUCUCCCGCUUUUCAUUACCCCGCCCCAUUUUCCUGCUUCCCAUCAUCUCGCCCCAUUCUCCCGCUUUCCAUCACCCUGCCCCAUUCUCCCUCCUUCCAUCACCCCACCCCAUUCUCCCGCUUUCCAUCACCUCGCCCGAUUCUCUCGCUUUCCAUCACCCCGCCCCAUUCUCCCGCUUUCCAUCACCCCGCCCCAUUCUCCUGCUUUCCAUCACCCGCCCCAUUCUCCCGCUUUCCAUCACCCCACCCCAGUCUCCCGCUUUCCAUCACCCCGCCCUAUUCUCCCCCUUUCCAUCACCCCGCCCCAAUCUCCCGCUUUCCAUCACCCCACCCCAUUCUCCCGCUUUCCAUCACCCCGCCCCAUUCUCCCGCUUUCCUUCACCCCUCCCCAUUCUCCCACUUUCCAUCACCCCGCCCCAUUCUCCCGCUUUCAAUCACCCCACCCCAUUCUCCCGCUUUCCAUCACUCCGCCCCAUUCUCCCUCCUUCUAUCACCCCGCCCCAUUCUCCCGCUUUCCAUCACCCCGACCCAUUCUCCCACUUUCCAUCACCCCGCCCCAUUCUCCUGCUUUCCAUCAUCCAGCCCCAUUCCCCCGCUUUCCAUCACCCCGCCCUAUUCUCCCUCUUUCCAUCACCCCGCCCCAUUCUCCCUCCUUCCAUCACCCCGCCCCAUUCUACCGCUUUCCAUCACCCCGCCACAUUCUUCCACUUUCCAUCACCCCGCCCCAUUCUCCCUCCUUCCAUCACCCCGCCCCAUUCCCCCGCUUUCCAUCACCCCGCCCCAUUCUCCCGCAUUCCAUCACCCCGCCCCAUUCUCCCUCCUUCCAUCACCCCGCCCCAUUCUCCCGCUUUCCAUCACCCCACCCCAUUCUUCCGCAUUCCAUCACCCCGCCCCAUUCUCCCGGUUUCCAUCACCCCCGCCCCCUUCUCCCUCCUUCCAUCAUCCUGCCCCAUUCUCCCUCCUUCCAUCACCCCGCCCCUUUCUCCCGCUUUCCAUCAGCCCGCCCCAUUCUCCCGCUUUCCAUCACCCCGCCCCAUUCUCCCGCGUUCCAUCUCCCCGCCCCAUUCUCCCGGUCUCCAUAACCCCGCCCCCUUCUCCCUCCUUCCAUCACCCCGCCCCAUUCUCCCUCCUUCCAUCAUCCCGCCCCUUUCUCCCGCUUUCCAUCAGCCCGCCCCAUUCUCCCGCUUUCCAUCACCCAGCCCCAUUCUCCCGCUCUCCAUCACCCCGCCCCGUUCUCCCGCUUUCCAUAACCCCGCCCCAUUCUCACGCUUUCCAUCACCCCGCCCCAUUCACCCGCUUUCCAUCACCCCGCCCCAUUCCGCUCCAUUCCGUCACCCCGCCCCAUUCUCCCGCUUUCCAUCACCUCGCCCCAUUCUCACGCUCUCCAUCACCCCGCCCCAUUCACCCGCUUUCCAUCACCCCGCCCCAUUCUCACGCUUUCCAUCACCCCACCCCACUCCCGCUUUCCAUCACCCCGCCCCAUUCUCCCGCUUUCCAUCACCCCGCCCCAUUCUCCCGCUUUCCAUCACCUUGCCCCAUUCUCACGCUUUCCAUCACCCCGCCCCAUUCUCCCGCUUUCUAUCACCCCGCCCCAUUCUCCUCCCUUCCAUCACCCCGCCUCAUUCUCCCUCCUUCCAUCACCCCGCCCCGUUCUCCCGCUUUCCAUCACCCCGCCCCAUUCUCCCGCUUCCCAUCAACCCGCCCCAUUCUCCCACUUUCCAUCACCCCGCCCCAUUCUCCCGCAUUCCAUCACCCUGCCCCAUUCUCCCGCUUUCCAUAACCCCGCCCCAUUCUCCUGCUUUCCAUCACCCCGCCAUAUUCUCCCACUUUCCAUCACCCCUCCCCAUUCUCCCUCCUUCCAUCACACGCCCCAUUCUCCCUCCUUCCAUCACCCACCCCAUUCUCCCUCCUUCCAUCACCCCGCCCCAUUCUCCCGCUUUCCAUCACCACGCCUCAUUCUCCCGCUUUCCAUCACCCCGCCCCAUACUCCCGCUUUCCAUCACCCCGCCCCAUUCUCCCGCUUUCCAUCACCCCGCCCCAUUCUCCCGCUUUCCAUCACCCCGCCCCAAUCUCCCUCCUUCCAUCACCCGCCCCAUUCUCCCUCCUUCCAUCACCCACCCCAUUCUCCCUCCUUCCAUCACCCCGCCCCAUUCUCCCGCUUUCCAUCACCACGCCUCAUUCUCCCGCUUUCCAUCACCCCGCCCCAUACUCCCGCUUUCCAUCACCCCGCCCCAUUCUCCCGCAUUCCAUCACCCCGCCCCAUUCUCCCUCCUUCCAUCACCCCGCCCCAUUCUCCCGCUUUCCAUCACCCCACCCCAUUCUUCCGCAUUCCAUCACCCCGCCCCAUUCUCCCGCUUUCCAUCACCUCGCCCCAUUCUCCCGCAUUCCAUCAUCCUGCCCCAUUCUCCCUCCUUCCAUCACCCCGCCCCUUUCUCCCGCUUUCCAUCAGCCCGCCCCAUUCUCCCGCUUUCCAUCACCCCGCCCCAUUCUCCCGCGUUCCAUCUCCCCGCCCCAUUCUCCCGCCCCAUUCUCCCGCUCUCCAUCACCCCGCCCCGUUCUCCCGCUUUCCAUAACCCCGCCCCAUUCUCACGCUUUCCAUCACCCCGCCCCAUUCACCCGCUUUCCAUCACCCCGCCCCAUUCCGCUCCUUUCCUUCACCCCGCCCCAUUCUCCCGCUUUCCAUCACCUCGGCCCAUUCUCACGCUCUCCAUCACCCCGCCCCAUUCACCCGCUUUCCAUCACCCCGCCCCAUUCUCACGCUUUCCAUCACCCCACCCCACUCCCGCUUUCCAUCACCCCGCCCCAUUCUCCCGCUUUCCAUCACCCCGCCCCAUUCUCCCGCUUUCCAUCACCUUGCCCCAUUCUCACGCUUUCCAUCACCCCGCCCCAUUCUCCCGCUUUCCAUCACCCCGCCCCAUUCUCCCUCCUUCCAUCACCCCGCCUCAUUCUCCCUCCUUCCAUCACCCCGCCCCGUUCUCCCGCUUUCCAUCACCCCGCCCCAUUCUCCCGCUUCCCAUCACCCCGCCCCAUUCUCCCGCUUUCCAUCACCCCGCCCCAUUCUCCCGCAUUCCAUCACCCUGCCCCAUUCUCCCGCUUUCCAUAACCCCGCCCCAUUCUCCUGCUUUCCAUCACCCCGCCAUAUUCUACCACUUUCCAUCACCCCGCCCCAUUCUCCCUCCUUCCAUCACCCGCCCCAUUCUCCCUCCUUCCAUCACCCACCCCAUUCUCCCUCCUUCCAUCACCCCGCCCCAUUCUCCCGCUUUCCAUCACCACGCCUCAUUCUCCCGCUUUCGAUCACCCCGCCCCAUACUCCCGCUUUCCAUCACUCCGCCCCAUUCUCCCGCUUUCCAUCACCCCGCCCCAUUCUCCCGCUUUCCAUCACCCCGCCCCAAUCUCCCUCCUUCCAUCACCCCGCCCCAUUCUCCCGCUUUCCAUGAGCCCGCCCCAUUCUCCCUCCUUCCAUCACCUCGGGCCAUUCUCCUUCCUUCCAUCACCCUGCCCCAUUCUCCCGCUUUCCAUCACCCCGCCCCAUUUUCCCGUUUUCCAUCACCCCGCCCCAUUCUCCUGCUUUCCAUCACCCCGCCCGAUUCUCCUGCUUUCCACCACCCCGCCCCAUUCUCCCGCUUUCCAUCACCCCGCCCCAUUCUCCCGCUUUCCAUCACCCCACCCCAUUCUCCCACCUUCUAUCACCCCGCCCCAUUCUCCCUCCUUCCAUCACCUCGCCCCAUUCUCCCGCUUUCCAUUACUCCGCCCCAUUCUCCUGCUUUCCAUCACCCCGCCCCAUUCUCCCGCUUUCCAUCACCCCGCCCCAUUCCCCCGCUUUCCAUCACCCCGCCCCAUUCUCCCGCUUUUCAUCACCCCGCCCCGUUCUCCCGCUUUCCAUCACCCCGCCCCAUUCUCCCGCUUUCCAUCACCCCGCCCCAUUCUCCCUCUUUCCAUCACCCCGCCCCAUUCUCCCUCCUUCCAUCACCCCGCCCCAUUCUCCGCUUCCCAUAA